AUGACUGUGCUCCUGAUGCUCCCGCCUUCCGCAACGAUCCCAACCGCCCAAGCUACACUCCUCCGAGCCCUUCAAUCACGCGGUCUAGCAGAAAUUAAUGGCGAUCCGAUACCUGAAAACUCAUCAGAUAUUGAAUUCGGUAUCGCAGUAGACAGAAAUGAUCUGGGAAAGGGUUGGACGAAGCUAGAGUUUCAAACGCCGCAGUUUGAUGAAGACGAAACACCAAAGCGAGGGGCGGGGAGGAGAUCGAUAGCCCCUCUGAGCUUACAAGCGGCUGAAAUUAAAAAUGGGCAACUGGUUGCUUUCAGGUUCCGGAAGCACGGAGAGGAAACUGAAACGACUGAUGAGUUGAUUGACCUCGAACUAGAGGACCCUGGUUGGGAUGUUGUUCUUCCUAGUCUCGAUGAUGAAGAGGAGGAAAGUUGA